UAUCAUGACAUAUAGUUCGGUGACAAUGAUGAUAAAGAUUAUUCGCUCAUCAACAUUCUUCAACUUAUGUUCCAUAUUGAUCAUAUUCCUCAGCAACGAAGCUGCUACCAUUAGUAUCGCUGAGAUAACUCAGCCAUUCCUAUAUUACUCUUGUCGAAAUGAAAGAGGUAAUUACACUACCAAUAGUACUUAUCAAGCCAACCUAGACCGCCUCUUGUCUAACAUCGUCCCCUCUAAAGACAAUAAUGGCAACUACGGUUACGGCUUCUACAACUCCUCUUACGGCGAAAACUCCAACCAAGUUCACGCAAUCGGAUUCUGUCGAGGAGAUGUUAAGCUUGAUUCUUGCCGUAGUUGCCUCAACGACUCCAUACAUCUCAUCACAGAGGUUUGCCCCAAUAAGAAAGAGGCAAUCGGGAUGUACACGCUGUGUAUGUUACGUUACUCAGACCGCAACAUAUUCGGCGGCGGCGUGGAACGUUUUCCUAGAUAUUGGAGGGCCAACGGCCGAAACGUAUCGUCGUCUAACGUGGAUGAAUUCUUUCAAGAUCUCAGGGCCUUGUUGAAUAGCUUGAAGAGUCGAGCAACCGCCGCUUCUUCUGGUUUUCUUAGAAGGUUCGCGACAGGGAAUGCCACCGCUGCCGGCUUUAAGACCUUAUACGCGCUUGUACAGUGCACGCCGGACCUGUCUUCGCGAGACUGCAACAAUUGCUUGGACGGGGUUUUUGAGGUUAUGCCUGAGUGUUGUUCAAGUAAGGUAGGAGGAAGAGUUCUUAACCCCAGCUGUAACUUCAGGUAUGAGACAUUCCUCUUCUAUGAUCGGGUAGAGGAUGUAGUUACUGCGCCGGCAUCGCCGUUAGUAUUACCUCCGCCGCCACCAACUAAUAGUACCAUUACUUCCACUAGUGCUAAAGGAAAGAAGAGCAACUCAUCUAAAGCUACAGUCAUUGCUGUGAUAUCAACUUUAAUUUUCGUGGUACUAAGCAUCUCCAUCUGCGUCUAUUUCAUAAGAGUGAAGAGGGCAAAGAAAAAGGUUACAUAUGGCCCCUCAUUUGAAGAAGAAGAAGAUAUUAUAAAUGAUGAGUUCUUGCAAUACGAUUUUGGCACAAUCAAUGAUGCGACGGAUAAUUUCUCAGUGGAAAAUAAACUUGGAGAGGGUGGAUUCGGUGCUGUUUACAGAGGUAGGCUUCCAAAUGGAGAGGACAUAGCCGUGAAAAGGUUGUCUACGGAUUCAGGCCAAGGAGAGCUGGAGUUCAAGAACGAGGUGUUGUUACUUGCCAAGCUUCAACAUCGAAACCUUGUCAAGUUACGCGGUUUUUGCUUGGAAGGAAGUGAAAGACUUCUUCUUUAUGAGUUCGUUCCAAAUGGAAGUCUCGAUCGCUUCAUAUUUGAUCCAAUCAAGCGUGCAAAUUUUGAUUGGGACAGUCGUUAUAAAAUUAUACAAGGCAUUGCUCGAGGUUUGCUUUACCUUCACGAAGAUUCUCGUCUAAGAAUUAUUCAUCGUGAUCUCAAAGCUAGUAAUAUUUUAUUGAACGAAGAAAUGAAUCCUAAGAUAUCAGAUUUUGGCAUGGCAAGAUUGUUUGUCCUGGAAGACCAAACUCAAGACAACACAAGACGAGUCGUGGGGACCUAUGGAUAUAUGGCUCCCGAGUACGCAAAACGUGGGCGAAUUUCAUUUAAAUCUGAUGUGUUUAGUUUUGGAGUAUUAUUACUGGAAAUACUGAGUGGACAGAGAAAUGGUUCUUUUCGUCAUGGUGAGAACACAGAACACCUAUUGAGCUAUACAUGGAGAAGUUGGAGAAACGGGACAAUUUCCAAUAAUCUUGUGGAUCCCCUAAUGAGAGUUGGUUCAGGAUCUCACGACAUAAUGAGAUGCGUACACAUUGGAUUGCUUUGCGGUCAAGAAAAUGUAGCUGAGAGGCCAACCAUGAAUUCAAUUGUUCUCAUGCUCAACAGCCACUCUUUUUCUCUUCCAAUACCCUCACACCCUGCAUUUCUCAUGCACAGUGACGCAUCAGCCAUGUCAUUAGCGUCCCAUCCAAAUUCAGGGGACUUGUUAGUUCAAGCAUCUCGAAAUGAAGCUACAAUAAGUGAACUACAUCCACGCUAGCGCGACCACUUGUCAUGAUUAAUAGGAUUGAGGUUCUUUCUUAAAACUAAUUGAUGUUAAAUAUAGAAACUCUUUCUUUUAUU